CUUUCGGCUGAAACGACGGCGAUCCACCUUUUCAAAUUUCCUAGCAUAGGGAAAUACAUUCGAAAUGAAACUAGAGCAACAGUUCCAGUCAUAGAUAUAAGAAUAUAGAUAAGUUCGCGCCCUGCGCUGUUCCAGUUGACAACUGAGAUUCAAAAAGUUAGCGAAUGAGCAAACUGAGCAUCUAGACGAAUAUAUUUCCUUAUUUAUUUAUGAUUUUGCAAUAGCUACCUAUCUUUUGUAGGAAGAAUAGACAAAAAUGAAUCCAGAUGCGAUGAAAAGUUAAGUAGACAUUAAGUGAAAUAUCUGCUGACUAUUAUAGUAAAAGAAAGGUCAAGCAGCACUAAACAAGUUUCACCGUAGCACGCAAAAUGUUUUAUUAUCGUUUGGACUCUUUUUACUCAUUUAAAAGUACUAGAUAUUGCCUAUGUGAAAGGACAGGGCUUCAUCUGACGAUAACAGUUUUUAAAAAAUAAAAUCAGUUGACAAAUGUCAACACACGGAUUCUGUCACUGUCAAAUUGCCUUGCGGUCGAAUUUCAAAAAAGUAAGGUUAUGUUAUUAUUUUUAUAGCUACUAUUUCUUUAUUCAUAUAAAACUCUAUAAAAAAACAAUAGAUUACAACUAUGUUGUGUCCAGAAGUAUGGGAUUUUCCUCCUCCCAAAGUAAUGGUGACCCACCGUGAAAAUCAAGACUUAGAAUCAGUAAAUAAAACCGUAAAUAUGAAUAAUUAUUACAAAAGUUUGGUUGUAACAUGCCCCGACGAAAUACAGGCUCCAGGGUUCAUUCAAGACUUAGUCACAGAAGACACAGAUUACUAUAAACUAUCUGGUUGUUCACUGGCAGAAUUUGUGGAACCAGUUUUCAUAGAAAAUUUUGUAAAAACCGGUAAAGUUUACUGUUUAUCAGUAGAUGGAAACUGUAUUACAGAUAACUGCGCUGCUAUAACACCAGACGGACAUCUACUACUACAUAUUGUUGACUAUGUUUAUCAAACACUUGGAUUUGAAGGCACAAAGAGGCCACAUAACUUCUAUGAAGUGAAAAUAGAUCUCAAAACAAUAAAAAACUAUUCCAAAGUGCAAACAGGGCUACAAAAACUAGAACAAUUUGAUUUAAAUAUAACAUGGGAGCCUAAUAAUGAAAAUAUCUGCCCAUCAUCCAUAGCAAAAUACUUCAGCGACAGAGAUGUAAAUGUUUCAGUUCACUCACUAAACACUAAAAGUAUAUUACCAACUGUGACCGAAAUACCAGUAGUAAAGGAUGUUGAUGCUGAUGAAAUGGUGGAAUGGAUUGGUCUGUUAGCUCUUGGAGUUGACAUUACCCCAACAGACUCCUAUAUCAGCAGUUACUCCCAACCAGAAAGCGAGAACGCAUUGAAAACUGGAAGGAUAUCCAUUUUAACAACCAAAGGGUUCAUAACUCCACCCCUUCUUAGUAAUAUUUGUAAGAAACUAUCAGAAUUUGUCCAAGCAAGAGAAACGGAGAACUACUGGGCAUCUAUAAGUAUUCAAAGUGAUGAUAACUGCCUGUGGCAGUGGAAUCCAAGUAGCCAAGCUAUGUUCCAAGCUCAUAGUUCAUCAAGCACUGUGUUUUUUACUCAUAAUGGUAAUGUGCUGUACUCAGUAGGUCAUUUAAAAUAUUCAUAAAA